AUGAAAUUGGAGAGAUUACAAGACGAUGCGAAGUUAGCUGGGAAGCCAUUUGUACCUCCAUUCAUCAAUUUUGAUAGAGAAUAUGCAAUAGCUCCAAAAUACAACUUAUCAAUAUGCCGAAUCAAAAAGUCAAUGUCCACUUUGAUGUCAGGAGUGGCUUGUGUUUUAUACGAUACUGGGAAGUUCAUGAGAAAUAAUCGGAGUAUUCUGGAAGUUUGGAGUCAGAGAUUCUGUGCGGAUAAAAAUGAAUAUCGUCGGCUGAACGAAGUGAAGUGGAGAAUGGGAGACGCUCAUCAUACAUUCACAAAGAUUGUAGUCAUUCGAGAUCCAAUUUCCAGAUUUAUUUCGUUCUUCUCAAAUAAGUGUAUUUUUGAGGCCCAGAAGUAUCCGAGUAGGAAACAAUGCUAUAAUUGUCAAGGGAAUGUGACGUGUUUCCUUGAGAAACAAUAUAUGAGAUUCAUGCAACAUUCGAGUGAUGGAUUCUCGAGGUUGAGGCCUUCUUAUGAGGACAAACAUGCUGCUCCGUUGUCAUGGAAUUGCGAAUUCUCAAAAUACCUGCAAGAGUACAAAAUUGUAAAACUCGCAGUAGACCCAAAGGAUCGAAAAAAUGGAUUGGACAAUCUGAUGAAUGUUCUGAAAGAGAGCAAUGUACCCAACUCAACACUUGAAUAUAUCGAGAAGUCAGCAUUAGAAGGGGAAACUCAACAUGCCACGUAUGAUUCAGAUGCACAUGACGUCGUGAAGAAACAGAUUGAAAGUGAUAAAACGAUUAGGGAAUGGUUGAAGAGAAUUUAUUAUUUGGACUUUGUGAUUUUUGAUUUUGAUAGAACUCUUAUUGAUAGUUAG